UUAAAUACACACUUAUCCUAAAUCAUCAUAUACAAUGUAUAUGGGUCUGAAUAUUUUAUACCUCCUCCUCCUUUUUGCCACCACCGCCCACCACCACCUCAGGGCGGCGGCACUUCCACUCUCCACAAACUCACGAUGGAUUGUCGACGACGGAAACGGCGGAGAAAGAGUGAAGCUAUCGUGCGUGAACUGGGUUAGCCAUCUAGAUGCGGUGGUUGCAGAGGGAUUAAGCAAACAACCGGUGGAUAUGAUCUCGAAGAAAAUCUUGGAGAUGGGAUUCAACUGUGUAAGACUAACAUACCCACUUUUCUUAUUCACAAACGACACCCUAGGGUCAGUUACAGUCAGACAAUCGCUUCGAAAACUUGGAUUGAUCGAGUCAAUUGCCGGAUUUCAAGCCAACAAUCCUUCCAUUAUUGAUCUCCCACUCAUCAAAGCUUUUCAGGAAGUUGUAUCAAGUCUGGAUAGAAACAACGUGAUGAUAAUAUUAGAUAAUCAGAUAAGCAAGCCUGGAUGGUGUUGCAGUGAUUUCGAUGGUAAUGGCUUCUUUGGUGAUCAAUAUUUUGACCCUGAUGUCUGGUUAAAAGGUCUCACAAAAGUCGCCACCAUCUUUAACAACUCAACCAAUGUUGUUGCUAUGAGCUUAAGAAACGAACUUCGUGGACCUAAACAAAACAUCACCAUUUGGUACAGGUACAUGCAAAAAGGUGCAGAAGCUGUUCAUGAAGCAAACCCUAAUCUUCUAGUUAUCAUGUCUGGUUUGAGCUAUGACAAAGAUCUCUCUUUCCUUCAAAUCCAACCUGUAACCUUAACAUUUAGUCAAAAACUGGUUUUUGAAGUCCAUUGGUAUGGUUUUUCAAAUAGUGAAGAAUGGGAAAAUGGUAACCCGAAUGAGGUAUGUGGGCGGGUGGUUGAUAGUAUAACGAAAAAAGCCGGGUUUUUAUUGGACAAUGGUUACCCUUUGUUUGUAAGUGAAUGGGGUAUAGAUCAAAGGGGAACAAAUGACAAUGACAAUAGGUACUUGAAUUGUUUUUUGGCAUGGGCAGCUAACCAUGACCUUGAUUGGGCUUUAUGGACACUUGCGGGAAGUUACUAUUUUAGGCAAGGUGUUGUUGGAAUGGGGGAGUUUUAUGGUGUUUUGAAUUGGGAUUGGUGUGGUCCGAGAAAUUCAAGUUUCUUGGAAAAGAUCUCAGCUGUCCAAUCUCCUUUUCAAGGACCAGGAUUAUCAAAUACGCGUCCACAUAAAAUCAUUUUCCAUCCGUCAACCGGUCUUUGCGUGCAAAGACAAUCGUUUUUCAAGCCAUUGAUUUUGGGACCGUGUUCGGGAGCAGAGCAUUGGGAUUACACCCAGAGAGAAAUCCUAACAAUUAAGGGAACAUACUAUUGCCUACAAGCAGAUGGAAUUGGGAAGAACGCAAAAUUAGGGAUAAUAUGCACAGAUCAAUCUUCAAAAUGGGAACCAAUAUCAGCAUCUAAACUACAUCUUUCAUCAAAGAUCAACAAUGGGACAAUUGUUUGUCUGGAUGUAGAUUCUGAAAACAAUAUUGUCACAAAUAACUGUAAAUGUUUGACCAAUGGCAACACGUGUGACCCUGCUAGCCAAUGGUUUACAAUCAUUAAUGCCACAUCAGGGUCCAGUGCAGCAAAAGGGUAUUUUCCUAUUACUUCGAUUCUCCAAUCUUUUGGAGCAAACUUAUUAGUAUAG